GGCCUCCCACAUCGUGGUGGUGAUCGUCGUCGUCAUUCUGGUUUCAGUCUUUGCGGGACGGAUACACGUUCGUUCUCUGUUUGCCGCAAAAAUAAUCACAACAUACACGUGCCACGUGUUUUUCGGCUGAUCGUCUCUCCUAAUUGUUAUUAUUUUUUAAUUAAAUAGAACGCUUUUAUAAGAGAGUGAGUAAAAAAAAAAAACCACAAAAGGGAAGCUUUUUGAAAAGUGAGCGAAUUUGAUAAAUAGAGAUCGAACUUGGAUUAAGUUCGUGAGGAGAAAUUUGGAAAGAAAGAGAAACGUCGGAAGCCUUGCGUUUCUCUCUGCUCUAAGAAAACAGAAAUAUUUACACGCAGCACAGACACAAACGUGCGCGCGCGCGCGUAUACAAACACAGAAAAAUAGACGCAUUUAUAAGAGUGUGUAAUAUCUGGCAAGAGUAUUUAUUCAUUCAGAGAGAGACAAGUUUGAAUAGUCCAAGUUAUAUAUAGAUAUCAUAUAUAUAUAUAUAUAUAUCUACAUAAAUACAUACGGAGUGUGUUCCGUACGUUUUCGAGAAGAUGUCGCACAAGAUGCAAAAUCAAGGCGCACCACCUGUCCACGGGGGCAAAUUUCAGAGGACGCCCAUGCGCCCGAUGAUAGCAGAAUACGACCCAAAGAAGCACGGUGUGAAAACAGAACUGUCAGACAUGGUUCUCGUCAAAUACAAGUGCGAGAAAAAUGAUGUACCAAUCACCGUUACGAAUGGGUCUACUUUACCUCUCGUGGAACGACCCAAUGACGAAGAGGCAGCCCUUUAUGAUCCAUUCGAACAUCGAAAAUUGGCCCAUCCAACUUCGGAUCUUGAUACUCUGAUACAUCUGCUCAAAGGAAGUCUUGGUACUGGUAUACUGGCUAUGCCAUUGGCCUUUAGAAAUGCUGGACUCAUUUUUGGCCUAUUCGCGACUUUUUUCAUCGGUGCCGUUUGCACUUAUUGUGUACAUAUACUGGUCAAAUGUGCACACGCUCUUUGUAGAAGGACACAAACUCCAAGUUUGGGAUUUGCUGAUGUUGCUGAAGCAGCUUUUCUCGUUGGUCCCGAAGGCGUACAAAAGUAUGCUCGUCUUGCCAAGGCCACCAUCAAUCUCUUUCUCGUAAUUGAUCUGAUCGGAUGCUGUUGCGUAUAUAUCGUAUUUAUUGCGACGAAUCUCGAAGAGGUUGUAACGUAUUACACGCAAAUGGGCCAAGAUUGGGAAUCAGUUAAUCGAUUAAGAUUAUACAUGGCCGCACUUUUACCUUUCCUCAUAAUAUUUUCUCUCGUGAGAAAUCUUAAGUACCUGGCACCAUUUUCUAUGCUUGCCAAUAUAUUGAUCGCUACAGGAAUGGGAAUAACUUUCUAUUAUAUAUUUACUGAUUUACCAACGAUCAGCGAUGUACCUAACUUUUCUACAUGGGCACAACUUCCACUCUUUUUCGGUACAGCAAUCUUUGCUCUUGAAGGCAUUGGUGUCGUAAUGCCUUUGGAAAACAACAUGAAAACCCCAACCCAUUUCAUUGGUUGUCCAGGAGUCUUAAAUACCGGAAUGUUUUUCGUCGUAUUGUUGUACAGUACCGUAGGUUUCUUCGGAUAUUGGAAAUACGGUGAAAAAACAGCAGCAUCGAUCACGUUAAAUCCACCCCAAGACGAAAUACUUGCCCAAUCAGCUAAAAUAAUGAUUGCCAUUGCGAUAUUCUUUACUUAUGGAUUACAAUUCUACGUACCGAUGGAAAUCAUAUGGAAAAACAUUCGACAUUAUUUUGGUUCUAGAAAAGUAUUUGCCGAAUAUUCGCUUAGAAUAUUUUUGGUAAUUUUCACGGUAUCCGUGGCAAUUGCUAUGCCAUCACUAGGCCCGUUCAUUUCAUUAGUCGGAGCUGUUUGUUUGUCAACACUUGGCAUGAUGUUUCCAUCGGUUAUCGAAUUGGUCACAGUUUGGGAACAAGAAAAUGGCCUUGGAAGGUACAAAUGGAGAUUAUGGAAAAAUCUUGCUAUCAUCUGUUUCGGCGUGCUCGGCUUUUUAACUGGCUCUUAUGUCAGCAUCAAAGAAAUCAUUGAGCAAAAGUGAACAGAUUAAUUGGGCAAGAUGAGGAGCGGCGCGAACGAAUAACAAUCAUUUUUACUUGCGUAUUAGAAACGCCCAGUUCUGUUUAAGUUCGUGCCCUCGCUCGCAUUCCUAUUUUCCGGAAGGAUAAUUGCCUAGAAGAAGCAAACUGAUGAAGAUGAAGAUAAAGGUGAAGAUGAAGAUGAAGAUGAAGAUGAAGAUGAAGAUGAGAAGAUGAAAAGAUGGCUGCGGCCUAGUAUGACGUUCAAAUAAACAUACCAUCAUGAA